GAAAAAGACAAAGAAGUAUCAUAACCGUAAUUUUCUUGUUUGUCUCAUUAUUUGAAGAGACUUAUUAUAAGAAUAAGGUGGGAAGAGUUAAGAUAACUAUAAAGCCACUAUGAAAGAAGAGAAGAAGAAAGUGUUAGAAGGGAGAGAUAUGAACAUGGCAAAAUUUAAUCUAUCUCAUCACAGUAGUUGAAGGUCCCCAAAUUCACCUUAUUUCUGGAAGAGAAGGAGAUCAAGUGGAAGCAUUUCUUUUGCUAACUUUAGCAUGCUGGAAAAGAAUCAUAUGGUAUAUGUUUUAAACAAUUUAAUUACCUCAUGUUUAGUAUUACAUUUUUUAUAAAGAAAAUACCCCAAAAAUAUAAUUAAUCGAAAUAUUCUCUAUUUUGUCUACAAUUAAGAAAACCAAACGCCAUCUCCAUUAGUGAGAUUUUUCUUCAAUGAGAGGUUGAACUUAAAUAUCGUUAUUAGAGUUUGACCUAACUCAUCCUUACAAAACCGGUUAGUAAGGUGAGGAGAGUCCCUCUAUAUAUAUUCUUUCAAUACUCUAUCUCCAACCAAUUGGGAGUUUUAGAAUCUUCCUAAUACACCCCCUCACGCCCAGCACUUUUUUUUUGGGCUUGGUGCGUGGAUAUUAACGGUGGGCGGCCCAUGGUCCGAUCGAUAGGCUCUGAUACCAUAUUAAGAAGUGUGGUUAGGCCUAACUCAACCCUACAAAACCGGCUUGUAAGGUGGGGAUUGUCCCCACUUAUAAGGACAUGUUCAGGCCAUAUAUUGUCCGAUGUGGGACUUUUAACACCCCCCCCCCCCCCCCCCCCCCCCCCCCCCCCCACGCCCAGGACUAGACAACUGGAGCGUGGAAAUAAAUGGUGGGUGGCCCGAUAGCGGAAAUCAUAGAAGGUGGCCCACCGGAUCUUAAACGAGGCUCUGAUACCAUAUUAGAGUUUGACCUAACUCAUCCUUACAAAACCGGUUAGUAAGGUGAGGAGUGUCCCUCUAUAUAUAUUCUUUCAAUGCUCUAUCUCCAACCAAUGUGGGACUUUUAGGAUCUUCCUAAUAUAUGUGGCAUAUAUCAUAAAAAAUGAAAUAUGUGGCAUAUAUAAGACAAUUCUUUACCCAUUUUAGUAAUUGACAAAUGAAAUAUGUGGCAUAUAUCAUAAAAAAUACUUCUUUAUUUGACUAGGUUAAUGUAUGUUAAACGACAUUCUAUAACAAGUUCUUAAAAGUUUUUAAAAAAAUUCUAGUAGUGAAAUGAUAAUUUCAUUAGUAAUUAAAAAUUGAAAAGUUACUUUGUUAACAAAAAAAAUAGAGGAUAAAAAAGAUGGUACUAAAUACUAUUAGAUAACCAUUAUAUUUUUUUUUAUCUAAGAGCACUUAGAUGAGAUGAUAAGAGAUAAUUUUUAACUUAAUCAGAGGUUAUGGGCUUGAUCUGACUCUAAAUAUGCAGUAUUGUUAAAUUCUUUUAGAGAGAAUUUUGCCACGUAAAAUUGCGCGCAAAAUAUAUCUUGUUUUUAAAAAAAAUCUAUAUUUUUUACUAAACAUCCAUGAUACAAUGUCAACCUUGAUAUUGAGAACCAAAGUUUUAUAUAAAAGUAUUCUUAAGUAUACAAUUAUAAAUAAAAUAAAUCUAAUAUGUUUGUAAAUUAUAUGAAUGUAGAUAGUUGUUACUGUUGAUGAAUAAAUUAUCCCUAAUUUUCUGUGCAUGUAUAUAAUGUGGGGUCAAUGAGUUUAUAUAGAUUACAAUUAGGCAAGAAAAUAUAUAUGAUGUGGGGUCAGCUGCCCCCAUAGCUCACUAAGUAGAUCCGUCCUUGCUCUCUUCAUUUUUUAUUAUAACUAAAAAUCUACUUUUUAAAUAUAUUUAAUAAUUAAUGUAUCUAAAUUACAUAUAGUUCUAAUACAUUAAUGAUUCAAUGUAUCUAAAAAGUGGACUUUUACUUAUAAUAAGGAAUGGAGGGCGUACCUUUUAUUUCUUAGAAAAGUCAACUCUUAACCAGUGCUCUUGGAGCACUCAUUAGCAUUUUCCUAAAAGAUAAUAAAAAAUAACAACAGUUGCAUAUCUUUUAAGAUUUGGAAUAUCAAUGUUGAGAGAACAUAGAAUCAGUGUUUUAAAAAUUGGACCGGACCGGCCGGUCGGAUCGGUUGAACCGGGAACCGGUCAGGUAACCGGUCUGGUUCAAUUGCUGGAUCGGAUAUGUCAUUGAACCGGUGUGAACCGGUAAAACCGGAAAAACCAGCGGUUUUCCAGAACCGGUGGUUUAAAUGCAUUUUUAAUUUUUUUUAUUUUAAAAAUUUAAAACAAAAUCAUUUUAAUGAAAAUUUAAAAUAAAAAUAAAAAUAAAAAAUAAAAAACAAAAAAUAAAAAAGAAAAUAAAAUAAUAAUAAAGAUGUUUCGGAUGCGGUUAAUUUUGUUGCAGAUGAUUUUGAUAUUGAAAAAGGAAAUACCAACAAUGAAAUAAUUUUUUCUUCUUAGAAAUUAAAUUAAAUUUAGUAGACAAUGAAGUUACUUUAUUAUAUUUUAUUCAAUAGAUUAUUUUGCGAUUAAAUUUUGUUUGCAAAUAUAUACUUUGUAAUUUUGUACUAUUUUAUUAUGUGUGAUAUUUAUGUUUAAAAUUUGAAUUUAAAUUAUAAACUUGUAAAUUUAUAUAGAAUAUGAUAUUUUAAAAAAAUUUAAGUGUCAGUUAUAUAUUGUAGAGACUGAAUCAUCAUGUUCGACAUGGUUUAUACCUAUAUAGUUUUGUUAUAACGACCGGUCUAUUCAGCCGAGUUAUCCAGUUUAAUCCGGUUUAGUCAUACGGUUCGAUCAGUGACACAGUGGUUCGACCAACAAACCAGUGACCCAGUACCCUCACCGAUUUAAUGUCCGGUCCGGUUUUUAAAACACUACAUAGAAUGAGAUGAUUACCAUCCUCAUCAUUCUCUUAGUUUUGCCUAGUAUGUCAAUCUAUAAUUAAUUCGUUACAAAUAGAAAAUUAAUUUAAUACUAGAUUAUCAAUUAUAGCAAAAAAAUGUUAAUUAAUCAAAAGAGAAGUAAGAUUCUAACAACUGUGACAUAAGUAUCAAAUUGUGAUACUUGUUGAGAUCUAAAGAAUAGUAUAUGUUUCGUACUUGAAUCAGAACUAGUGGUUAUUAAUGAUGUAAGACCCUAAAAGUGAUGAUGUUGAUCUUCGAUACAGUGGCGCAGGACGAACUUGCAAGAUUAUCGCUUCAACGCUCAAGUCAGUUACAGGGUCUAAUAUGAGUGUAGUGAAAGAUAGAGAUCAUAAAGUGUACCUUGUAUCUCACGUGUAAUGACUAUAUACGCAAUAAUUCCUAUUUGACCAUGCAUGGUUAGGCUUCCGUGUUAGACUUUUGGCCGGUCCAGAACUGUUACCCCCAAGGCUUGUCGAGGGCUUGCUAGCCAAGAAGUCUUUCAAAGUCGUGGUUGACAUCUUAAUACUGUGUCAGAACAUAAUUAUAAGUGGGAAAACCACUGAGUAGUUACAUAAGUAAAGGGGAAAAGCGCAUUAAAUGUAUUUCUAUCAUUGAAACGUCUCGCCGAUUUUUUAGGCGCAUGGCUGUAGGCUCACAGGUUAGGGCAUUAAGCUUUUUCUCUAAGGCAUUUAGGUGAACUUGAAUUCGCUUAUAUUCCUAAAGUAAAAUUUGAUUGUUGAUUUGUAAUUUUGUGUUUUCCAUUGAUCAGCCUCGUUGCUCGAUAUCCUAUAUAUUAAGGUCUCUUGAAACUUUGGGAGAACUUUUUCCAUUUUUUAGAAUCAAUUUCUUUUUGCAAGUGUAAUUUCCUUCCUUUUUAAGAGGAUUUUUUUUAGGGUUUUCCUUCUCCAAAAUAAAGCUUUUCAUUUUGCAUUUAAUCUCUACCCUCUUCUUCAAAUUCUACUAUCUCUGAGUACCCUUCUCACCCUUAGCUUAUUUCAUAUUUCCCAAUAUUUACUUUGUCAUGGCUAAUAUAAGUACUUACUUUGUCAUGGAUAAUAUAAAUGACCACUCCAUAAGUUUGUCUAGUGACUCUGGGACUAGUGAUUAUUCCCCUCUAGUUAGGGCAUAAACAUUUUCUAGUUCAGAUUCACCUUUUUUAGCUAACGAUCAUUCAGUUACAGUCAUUAUAAUUGUGUUUGAUAAUUCUGAGUUUGGGAGGUUUUUUAGUGGUUCUCUUAAUAGGGAAACUUCCUUUAACAAGUCUUCCUUCGACGCUCUUCUUUUUAUGGGGAUGUGGAAGGUGAUCACACAUUCAGUUUUGUGCAUGCUCCAUUUGUAGUUGAGGGAGAUUUAGCCUCCUCCUCUAUGAUUACCCCGAAGAUGAACGCCUCUGCUUUGAACAGGGAAAAGGCUUAAAAUUUCAUCAAGACUUACCAAACUAUUUGUGGCCAAGAUCCAAGUGAUGUCGAGAUUAAGGACUAUCUAGCAUGUGGAACUUAGACUGAUUGUGUCAAUUGGAUAAGGCCUUAGAGAUGUCCCAGACAAACAAGAUACCUCUGAUAGUUGAUUUGAGCAAUUAUAGUUGGGUGGACUUUAAGAUAUUGGGAAUCCCUUCUGCUCUAAAUGAUCAUGCAAUGGUGAGUGAGACUAAUAUUAAAUUCGGUUGUCCCUCUGAUAAGUGCCAAAAUAUGGUAAAUUGAGACACUUAAUGAGGGCGCUUAUGGACUUGUUUCACAAGUUUCUAGUAUCAGAACUCCAACUAUAGAGUAAAUAUUUGUUUUAUUAGGAUAACAAGCAGUUUUUACAUUUUAUUCCUAGUUUAAACUCAUUGUGUAGGUGGUCAUGCAAGUCACGUGAUUGGAUCAGCAAAGCAAGGAAGAAAAGUUUUAGCACCCUCGUUUAGCGAGCUCAUAGCGAAGGCAGAGUGAGCCUCAGAAGCGAGGGCAAAGCGAGCUCGAGGCGAAGAAAAACUAAAUGUCAAAAACAAAGUGGGAGAAUAGGAUGAUUAAAGCUAUGGAAGAAGAGAAGAAGAAAAUGAUGGAAGGAAAACAAGUGAUACCCCUCCUCACCCCAUACAACAUGGGAAAAUUUAAUCUAUCCCACAGGAUAGUUUUGGCACCAUUAACAAGAACAAGGUCCUACAACUUUGUGGCUCAACCACAUGCUGCUCUCUAUUACUCUCAAAGAACAACAAAGGGUGGCUUCUUGAUUGGGGAAGCCUCAGGGAUCUCAGACACUGCACAAGGGUAUCCAAAUACACCUGGUAUUUGGAGAAGAGAGCAAGUAGAAGCAUGGAAACCAAUUGUUGAAGCUGUUCAUAAAAAAGGAGGCAUUUUCUUUUGUCAACUUUGGCAUGCUGGAAGAGUAUCCAAUUAUGGUUACCAACCGGGCGGACAACCUCCGAUCUCGAGCACAGACAAGGCACUGAAAAAGGAAGGCAGCAGCUCUAAGUAUCCGCCUCCUCGACGUCUGACUACCGCUGAAAUCCCGAAUGUUGUCAAUGACUUCAAAAUGGCAGCCAAGAACGCCAUAGAAGCCGGUUUUGAUGGAGUGGAGAUACACGGCGCCAAUGGAUACUUGCUUGAUCAAUUCCUAAAAGACAAAGUAAACGAUAGAGACGAUAAGUACGGAGGAAGCUUAGAGAAUCGCUGUCGCUUCCCGUUAGAGGUUGUUAAAGCGGUUGCUGAUGAGAUCGGAGCUGAUAAAGUCGGUAUUCGCCUCUCUCCUUUCGCUGAUUACUGUGGCUGUGGAGACUCAAACCCUCAAGCUUUGGGAAUUUACAUGGCUAAGUCAUUGAGUCAGAUAGGAAUUCUUUACUGUCAUGUGAUUGAGCCUAGGAUGCAAACCAUGUUUGAUAAAGAUGAGAGUGAUGUGUCAUUGAUGCCGAUGCGAAAGGCUUUCGAUGGAACGUUUAUUGUUGCUGGUGGAUAUGACAGGAGUGAUGGAAACAAAGUGUUGGAGAAUGGUGGUGCUGAUAUGGUUGCGUAUGGUCGAUUGUUUUUGGCGAAUCCGGAUUUGCCUAGAAGAUUUGAGUUGAAUGCUGAAUUGAAUAAGGCUGAUAAGAGCACUUUUUACACCAGUGAUCCUGUUGUUGGAUAUACAGAUUAUCCAUUUCUUGAAAAUGCUAGCUGAAUUAUGAGUUUUUUCUCCCAUACUGUGUAUCUUGAUGAUGAGUUUUCGUUGUUAUUGAAAUAAAAACUGGUUUGGUUAUUGACUUUCUCAUUUGUAUUGAAAUUGAAGUAACAACAAUGGUACUGCAACUUGUAAUUCGGCAUUUGCCCUUUCAUACUUUAGAUUCCUAAUUUCAUAACUCUGUUUUGUAUGCCCAUUGCCUUGUGAACCAAGAAACCUCUUGGUAUCAAGGGCAUUGGUUCGAUUAAAGUUUCCAUCAACGACAAAUGGAAGCACAGCCUCUAAUAAAUUCUCUGCAAAUCUAUA